UCGAGAGGUGGUGCGUUUUGAGUCAGAGAGAAGGGUCGAUCGUCCGGCAGAAGGCCUUACCAUGUGAGGAAACGCGCGGCUGCUUUGUUGCGCGCGCGAAGCACAAGAUCGCAGUGCUCUUUGUCUGCACGUAGCUGGCGAUCGGUCGAGAUCGAGAUCAUUGCGAGGAGUUGAACGAGCGAGCGACACAGAAAGCUUGGCCGAGAAAAGAUGCAGUGCUUGAAAAUGGCAUCGUCAUCGUCAAGAGCGAUGGCGUUCGAUGAUGAGAGGUAAAGAAAGGAUAUGCCCGGAUGCGGCGUACAGUUCGCAUCCAUGACGGGCUCGACGGAAUUGGGGCCAAUACAGCCCCAACAAGAUCAAGUUGUUGGGCCGUUACUCGACGAUAUACUAUUCGCCGACGAGCCACCGCCGCCACCUUAUCAACGACAUCCAAGACGUAAGAUGAACAGCCUCACAUCUACAGGACAAGGACAGCCGAUUCAGCUCACUCCGUUGUGGGAGUACGUUGUCCGCACGAAGAAGUUUCCGAAAGAUGCGGACGUCACGACGAUUUUCGCGGAGAUCGGGGAACGUCUGCACGAUCCCGAAUGGGAGGUACGUCAACACGCGUUACGAGUGCUCGUCGAUGUAUUACCAACUCUCGAUCACGAAAUCGUCGACGAGAUCGUUGAGCCGCUGUUACCCGAUCUCGUCGAUAAUCUCGGUAAUCCUGCGUUGGCGGUGAGGAAAGGAUCGCUAGACGCGCUUAGGAUUUAUUUGCUACAUUCGUCGAGAAGGGAUGACAUUACCAAGAAGAUCUUACACGACGGUCUCAAUCGCACGGAUGUCCUCGACGAGCACGAGACUAAUGUUGCUCAAGGCGUAAUUCUCAGCACGCCUUUGCUACUCUUCCCGUCGCGUUCGAGCAACCGACCAACCACGGAUGUAGUACGAGAGGCAUGUCGCGCGUUGGCUAUGCGUCUCGUGCAGGUGUCUCAACAGGAGUCGGCGUUGCGUUCGUUGGCUAAGAUCCGCGAGGUCAUCGGGUCUGAAGAGUUCGACGGUUAUCUUCGCGAAGUGGACGAUAGCAUGAAGAGGAAUUUCGAAUUGUUGUGCGAUGUUUAUGGGCUCGAGGGAGCGAGGAAGAGGAGAGCGAUGUCAAGGGCGGGACACGGGACGGAGCAAACGAUACGCCGCUACAGCUCCGCCGAAGAAACGAUCAAAGAUAUCGUAGCGAUCGACAAAACUUGGGGGAGCGAGGACGACUCCGACGAAUCGGGUAUCGAAGAUGAAGGUGCCUUAGCUUCGAGAAGUGGAUCGGGUAGUAGUAUCACUUCAGCACGAAUAAUUCUCGAGACUGAGAUUAAAUUCGACGAGGAGACCGCGAUUACGAUGACCAUACUAGAGGAGCAAGAGAAACAACCUGAGGGUAAACAAGGAAGCGACGAGUCAGAAGUCGAACAAGAGAAAAUGGCGAUCGAGUCUGCCGGUAGAACUGAGGCGGACGAGCGAAAAAAGACGCCGAGACGCGUACACUUCGGUGGUGAAAUCGUGAAGCUACGUACACCUGACAGCGAAGAUACCGAGUCUGUCUUAUCGGAUUUACUAACGCCAUCGAUACAAGAAUUACGUCCAACCAAGAUUCCAUUGCCAGUAUCGCCAGCAACAAGAUUGCCACCGCAUGAAAGGCGUCGGGUUCGUUCAUCUUCCCAGCCAACUGCCAACGAACGACGGAAAGAUCCAAUGAGAAGACGCUCGUCGUCGAGUAGUCCACGUCGAGAGAAUUAUUAUACUCACGACGCCAAUUUGAGCCCGAAAAAGAGCAUUCUAACGAAGAAUUCGGAUAACAGCAGACUUCUCAGUCCAUCGGUAACGCGACGACAAUCUCGUCGUGACUCGAUGAGCCCGUCGCCCGUCGUCAUUCAAGAAAUAACUGACGACGAGCCGUCGUUUCGCGUGUGCGACGAGUCGCCGCCGCCGCCGCCGCCACUACGGCCUAAAAACGUCAACCACGACAUGAGAACACCAAGUCCCAGUCCACUUGGCGAAGUCGUGCUGAACGCCAAGACACGUGAUAUCGAGAGUAUUUUUGGCGACAGAAGUGGUUUGGAUUUGCAAGAUAAAGGCAGGAAGGAACGAGAGAAUAUGAUAAGAUCGGGUUAUAGGUCGAAUUCGGCGUUGGAACAUACUUCCAAGUUCGAUUGGGAUGACGAGCUGACGAGUGGUCAUGACAGAAGAUAUCGACGAAGUCAGUCAGCAAAAAGUUCAGGUUUCGAGACGUUUCCUCGCCAAGAACGAAACUACAUUCUUAUGGAAUUGGCCAGUCCUGUAAAGGACUUAAGUAGACGUUCUUCGCUAGAAAGUAACACACCAAGCAAACAACCUUCAGCGAAUCAAAACGAAACUGCCAAUAAUGAUGAAAAAGAAGAUUCGAAACCUUCAACCCCAAAAAUCACGAUAAACGAUCAACCAGUUUCAGAUCAAGAAUCACAAGUAGAUUCGAAUAAAAUAAUCGAAAGUAUCGUGAGAGAGAAUAAACAAGAAGAAGUUGAGCAAACUGAUGUACGGUUAGACGACGAUCUAGAAAAAUCAGCGCUGGACGCUAGGGAAAGAUCGUCAGACAGUAGCAGUGAUGGAGAAUGGAAAAGUAAGGAACCUAGUUGGGAGGAACUUGGAAUUGUCGAUCAGGAAGUUUUGGACGAUUUUCAUAACAAAGACGACUGGCGCGCGCGGGUUCGCGGGUUAGAGCGUAUCGCCUCGGCGCUACGUGCACCAGCAGCACUGGAGGCAGUGGAACCAAGAGUGGGCUCGUUGCUUCACGCGGUUCUGAGUGGCGAGAGAAGCUGUCGCGUCGCAGCUGCUGGAAUGACCGUUGCCCGAGUGGUGCUCAGCGGGGUAUCCGAGGAAUCGCUAAAAGAUCGUUUAUCACUGAUCACUUGGGGUUUAGCACGGCAGGGCGGACCGAGCGCUGCUAAUCUCGCGAGGUUGGCGAUGCUCCGCACUGGUCCCGGAUUAUUUUUAGAAAGAUUGCUGCAAGCGCAAUGCAUCGACGCAAGGAAUGCUAAGAUGCGAGAGAACACGUUGCAGCUCUUGAUAUUCUCGCUCGUGACGUUCCCGAGCACCGAGUUCAAGGUGAAGACGGUCAUCGACAAAGUGGUGGCGAUGGUCGGCGAUCGCCGCAAAAGAGUUCGCCAUUCUGCCCUCGACACCUUAGCUGUACUAUCGCAAAUUUAUGACACUGAGGACAUAUUGGAAGCCGGCAAAAGAUUCACGAAAGGGAAGCAGGAUGGCCCGGCUAUUAAUGCGGCUAUCAAAACACGAUUAUCUCGACGAUUGUUACCGACAGUUUCGAUGGACGGCCUCGUCGUUUACGGAUUGCAAAUAACACCAAACUCACCGCAUACUGGAGCUGAUGUGGACUGGAUAGCUGCUGGCAGCGGUUCGGUUUCUCCUGGCACCGGUCGCACGAGAGGUCAAUUGAUUGCCAUGUUAAAAAUGGAAAACGAAACUGACGAAAGUAACGGCAUGAUUAAGAUCAAGAGUAGACCAGCAAGUGAACACAGCAUUUUAUCUAGUACGAGUGGAAGUAUGUUGGCAAAAAGCGAAAGAACUUCGUCCUGGAAACUGCUACCACAGAACGAUCAGAAUGACAAGCCACGCAAGAAUUUAAAUCGAAUAUCAAAAUCAGCUGAUUCGUCCAAAGUUCAUUUAGAGGAGUUGAAAAGUCGAGAGAAGGCAGACGAGAGAGCCAGUGAAAAUUACAAGCCUUAUGCUACUCCAAAAAGAAAAACAGCGCAAGAAGACGGCAAAGUACACAGAAGUAAACAGACCGAAGAAUUUUACGUGCAGGCAAAUACCCAGAGCUUCGAAAGUAACAAUCCAGCAGCGGACAGAGCGGUUCAGCAACGCCAAGAAUCACGGAUACCCGUGUACACGGGUGACCGAAUACCAUCGAGUACGAAGCACGACAUGAGUCGUGAGAAAAGUCCCGCUGACGCAACGCCGCGGAGAGACAGCUUCGUUGAUCUCGGCAAUGGCAACGGCUACUCGAGGAUGAAAGUCCAACCAGUGAGGAGUACGGCGCCGAGGGCGAGUUACGCGGCUACUUAUGCCAAUGGUUUCAGACAUACGCAGUUUGCUAAAUCGUUGGAAGAGAUAGACACCGAUUCUCAGACUACCAACUCGCCGCACGAUACGUUCAAGGAGGUCAAUCAGAAAGCCGUGAGUUUCGAGAAAUUAAAUCAUGACGUCGACGGCAGUCAACAAAAUUUUCGUGCCAGUUCGAGAAACGCGCCGCAUCAUCGGUCCUCGAUCACGACUGAAACAUACGAGACGAUAUAUCAACGACAACGUCGUAAGAAAGACGAAAAGAACGCGAGAGCUUAUGAUAUGGCACCGAGUCCGCCGUUUUAUAGAGGAUAUGAUCAUCAAGCUUAUCGUACGCUAAGCAGGACGCUCAUUCGUAAUGGUCAGAAUACGACUGAAAUGCAGCCGGAACACCGAAAUGCGCAAAAAAAACGUAUUUUUGCCUCGCCGUUCGACGGUUCUGAAAAAUCUACCAGUAAAGGCGACAAAGAUCCGGCGAUCCAAGAAACAAACGUCGACGAUCAUCGUCAGCAGUUAAAUUCGACAACAGACCCGCUGACAGGCAGCAGGUCGUCGAAUCUCAACGUCGAACGCGAAGCCUCGCCGCCACGAAAUCACGGUGUGAACGAAGCGAGGAGCGGCAGCAGUAGCGGAAGUAGUUUGUCGUCGAAUCGAUCGUCCACGAGUGUUCGUCUUCUUCGGAGUACCGGCAGCAGCAGUAACAGACAACCGAUCGUCGUGUCACCGGCUCGCACCGAAAGCGAUGAGUCUGACAAGGCUUUCGAUAUUAUCUCUCUCAAGAGCCGUUCUAGUCGUCUCGUGCACGACCUGUCCACCAAAACGAGCGUCAAGCAAGCAUCCGAUUGUCCGACGUCGAAUGGCGACGAACGCGGAGCCACCGAUCAUCCCAUACCGAAAUCACCAUCAACGGACUCGUCAUCCGAUCGGCUUAGCGUCGACUUGGUGAACGCGACAAAUCUCGACCGAUCGAAAACAAUUCAAUCGCCGAGCAAGUCCGUCAAAAGCAGUUCUCGUCAAUUCUCCCUCGAAUCUCUAUUGGCAUCCAAACCCUUGUGCAAUGGUUACGAUCGCGCCAAGUCUCGACCAGUUUCAGCAACUAGACCCGUCAGCCCAGCAAGUUCUACGGUCGAAGAGGUGAGCGGAGCUAAUGACAGUAGAGAACCUUCGGGCGAAGAAGAGGAAGAGGAGGAGGUGGUGGUGGCGGAGGAGGAGGAGGAAGAGGACGAGGAGGAGGAGGAGGAGGAGGAGGAGGACGUUGAAGUGGCUUUCGAGACAUUAGACUUUGGAAAUGGGAGGACAGGCGAGGCGGUAAGCAUUACGUCGAUCGUUGUUGCUUCUUCGUCAGUUAGAUCGAAAACGCCGUUCGACGACGAGAACGAGCUGCGUAAUAUCGAGUCUAAAGCUUCGGUUUACAGCUGCAAUAGUAGAAAUAUGUCGCCCAAUUCUGGAAGUAGGAGUCCAAAGAGGUUUAUCAGCGCGUAUAGCGUGUCAAAAGGAUCGGACAUAUCAGGUGAAUCGGAGACUCCACCGUUACCGAUUGGCUUUGACGGCUCUGACCGCGAAAGCAGCUCUGAUAGUAUCGAUAACGUUGGCGUCAAACCACAGCCGUCUCGUUUGGCAACGCCAAUCGAUCUGCCAAAGAGGUUACUAAAGGUCUCACCUUGCAAAAUGAGACCGCGGUCGAAUUGUCAUCGAGCAGUGUCAGUGCCGACGAGUCGUCACGUAGAGAAGUCGUCAAAGGUGGUUCAACAGUGCUUUGCACAGCUGGAAAGUAAAGACUGGGAAGUGACGUUAAAGGGACUGAGGAGUCUGUCGCAGAUGGCACGCGAGGAGCCGGAACUAUUAGACGCCUGUGCGCCUGGUCUAGUUGCGAGGCUCCUCGGCAAGCACGUGAAAAAUCUGCGCUCCCAGGUUGCCAGAGUUGCGUGUUCGGCAGCCGGCGACGUAUUCAGCUCGCACAUACGAGGAAUCGAUCAUCAGGAUCUCGACGAAAUAGCGGGUCCACUGCUGCAUCGGACCGCGGACACGAACAGAUUUUUACGCGAGGACUGCAAUCGCGCGCUCGACGCGAUGAUCGAGCAUCUGCCGCCGCAGCGCACGAUCUUGACGAUCGCCAAUCGCGGAGCUUGCCAUCAGAACACGAUAGUGCACGCGACGACGGCCCGACUCUUGUUCAUAAUCGUCAGCGACAUUGGUCCGGAACACGUGAUGAUCCUGCCGCGGGACGUCAGGGAUAAGCUACUUUCGACUGUCGCUAAACUUCUCACCGAUGGCAAUUUGCAAGCGAGGAAACACGCGAAAGAAACGUUCCGACUACUAGCUCCUUACGAUGGCUUUCGUAAAGCUUUAACGGAUGCCGUACCCGAGACGACGUUACGGCUGAUCGAUAAGACACUGCGCUCGCUAUAACGUUGAUAUUUUUUCUCUAUUGUAAAUAAUAUAUUCAUUUUCUGACCACGUAGUGAGGGAGAGAUCUGAAAGCUAUUUAAAAUAAAUUAUCUUUCGGACGGUAUAUAACGCUCUGUGUGUGUGUGUGUGUGUGUGUGUGUGUGUGUGUGUGUGUGUGUGUGUGCAAUAAACGAUGAAUCGAGAAAGUUUUAUUGUAUGGUGUAAAGGGGUGAAUUGUUUUUUUUACAUGACACAAGAUAUCGAAUCGUAUUUUUAGUACCUUAUCUAACGCCCAUUUGUAUACCAAACGCACAUAUGCAUCUCGCAACAUGGAGGGAAGAUUGGACGAAUUUAGUUGAUUUUGGUUUAUUUUGAAGAGUGGGAUAUCAUUUCAAUCGCGUCGAUUCGCUGUUUAAAAUUUAAAUUGCGAGAUAUCGUUUGAUUAUCUUCGGUAACGUAGAGUAGAGUGCUCUAUACGCCUGGACUUGGAUGAGUUCAUCGACUCAUUUGGUUGAGCCACGUGAAACUCGCCAAUAUCUAUAUAACGUUUGGAAAAAGUAUAACAUUGCUUCAUGCAAUGCUAUUAUAUUUUGAGCUGAGUUUCAAAAGUGCAACGGUAGACGAAUUAGAUUAGUAUGUAUAUUGUUUUUUUCGUUGGCUUCGAAAUUUCGUCGAGUUGAAAGAAAAGAAAUACGUUAUUAGCAGAUUUCAUCCAUCUUUGCACUUGUACAUAAACACGUAUUAUCGAGUCCCUUGUCAUAACGCAUAUUGCGACAUUACGAUAGCAGUAAUUGAUUGAUAAUCAUUUUGUUAAAAGGAACACAGUCAUUAACGAGAUUGAAAUUCUUUAUUGAAUAAAAAGAAGAUAAAAAAAUUGUAUUGUAUAUUUUAUUUAUUAUUAAAAAUCAAAAGACAAUGGUAAACAUCGAUUACUUGAUUAACUCAAACUUUGAAACUUAUUAACAUAAUGGCAUU